AUGUCUGAUAUUGAUAAUAAUGAGAUUAGCAAUGAACAACAAGAUAUUAUUAAUUUUUCAUAUAAUGAAAUUAGUGACAAUAAACAUGAUGAUAAUUUUGAAGACCAGGGCUACACCUGGCUUCCAUCUGAAGAGAUGUUUAAACUUCUUACAAAAAUCUUUAAAGACAAUACACUUCUUUUUAAUGAGAGACAAUUGGGAAGUGGUUUUGAAAAACUUUCUCAUUUUAGGGAUCUUAGUAGACUUGACUUAUCUUCAAUGACUCAAUCUUGUAAAGACAUAAGCUUGAAAUGUAUCAUAUCUAAGAAGGCAAAAAUAUUCAUGUCAAAAGAAGGCCAUAAACGCUCAAAAAUAGUGUUUGUAGACAAAUAUGAGAAAAAAUCUUUGUUAUACCCCUGGUCAACACUAACUACUUUAAUUUUCAAAACUACAAAAUUCAGAGAUUCACAAGAAACUUUAAAUAACAUUUUUCUGAGCUUCACUUCUGAUAGACUAGCAGCAAUUAUGGAUUAUGCUCAACAGGAAAGUGAAUUCCAAGCUGGCAUACCACCGCGCCUUGUAUCUGUAUUUUAUUCGGUGUUCGAUCCGGAAAUAGGACCUAAAGUAGUUUUUGAAGUACCAGAAGGUCCCAUUAAGCCUAAAAUAGCUUCUGAAGUACCAGAAGGCUCCAAUAAGCCUACAGCUUCGUCAACGCCUCUAAUUGACUUUCAUUCAAUUUCCAAAUACAUCGUUCCAACACCACCAUUAUGCGGCCAUUUGGUAAAUAUUUGUACGAAUUCUUAUCAAGUCAUGGGAUAUCCAGUUGGAAUAUGGGGAAACCGCUACCCUAGGAAUAAUUUCAUGUUUAACUUGAGUUUUGUCUUUGACCGCGGUGCUGACACUUCAAGCUAUGAACCUGUUGUGAGAAAAGUUGCUAGGGUAUUAACUUCACUAGAG